AUCGGACUGAGGUAGGCUUCAAUGUUUUCGUGUAAAUCACGCCAAGCCGUCCAAGCAUCCGAUCCCAGCACGAUGGCCGGUAAACUCAAAGUAUUUUUGAACACAAACGUGGAUGUCUCGUCAUGGAAGACGAUCAUGCGCGACCUGCGCGAUCACCCUCGCUGGUCCUACGUGGCCUUUGCCCGCGAUGAUGAGGCUCCGCUUACCGCGCUCUCCUACCGUUGGGACGGACCGGCCUUUGACUUUGCCAAGAUCAUGAGCACUCGCUGGGACUCUGUGCUUCGCGAUUUUCAGGCCAAGCACGAGACGGAGAUUCUUGAUCAUGUCCACUCUGAACGCCUGAAACCCCACGUUGCCAAACACAAGAAGCUGUGGGUGGACCAGCACUGCAUCCCUCAGGUUGAAGGGCGCAUGGGCUGCAUUGAGGUGGCUGGUCAGCUGUACCACGGCCCCGUCAUUGCGGCUUGGCUCACCACUGAGGCAGUGGAUAAAGCCUUCGCCGCAGGCCGGGCGCACGAGCUCUUGGGCGAGCUAGAGGGCUGGCUUGGCCGCGGCUGGGUGCAGCAAGAGGUCACGGCCCGCGGCAAGCUAGUGAAUCUCGAUGCCUUUGAGCAUUUCUUCAAGAUGGGGAAACGGUCCAGAGAUGCCCGUCUCACCAGUGGUGGCGAGUCGCUUUGCCUCUUAUUGCGACGCAUGAAGGGUGAAAAAGUCGAGCCCAUUCAAGACCGCAUCGUUCGCUUCUACGCCGUGAACGAGGCUGACUUUACCGUUGAGGAAGAUCGAGGGUUCAACAUCCCCAGCUUUGCCGAUAUGGGCUAUGAAGCCUUUGACAUUGGCAAGCAGCCUGCGGGCUACAAACUCCAGCCAGAAAUUCGGGUUCACGGCGAACGUGUCGCCAUGGUCGACGCCAACGGCAACACCAUUGCCAAGUGGUUUCGCCGCAAGGCCCUGUACACGCGCGCUUAAGCCCAAGCCCAGCAGCAAUGACCAUGACCAUGUGCUAAAUGCCUGUUGAGCUCGAUUGAGGUCGAGUGCUUGAUGCCCCUUGUCUCUCUUUGAAUUUCAAUCUUGAGUUUAUUGUCUUUUCCUUUUUCUUCCAAAGUCUGUGAUUUGCAUGAUUUGGCUCCUAUGCUCAACAGAGUCUUUCCCCUGAACGUCCAAAGGUUUCACGCUGGCAUGCCCACCGCUGCCACCAGCCUUCAGUUAGUUCAAGUUUCAGCCUCGUCCAAUUGACUUGUCCAUC